GUGGUUCCGGGGCAGCCGCAGCAUGGAGGCGGCGGUGGAGGAGGACGCUGAGAUGCUGGGGGGACCCGACCCGGAGCUGGCGGCCACCAUGGGCUUCUCCGGCUUCGGGAAGAAAGCUCGGACUUUCGAUCUCGAAGCCAUGUUUGAGCAAACAAGAAGAACUGCGGUGGAGAGGAGCAGGAAGGUCCUGGAGGCUCGUGAAAGAGAGAAGGAAGAACAGGCUGAAAAAGAACUUAGAAGUUCAUGCACUGAUUCAUCAGCUUCAGCAUCCGGUGCAACAUUCGCUGGGACCACGUCAACCCAAAGAGGGACAGUCUGGAGUGAAAGUGAAAAUAGUUCAGAUGAAGAGUUAACUGGUCCUUCCAAGCAACCCCAGACUUCUGCUCAAGGUCCAGCUGAGGAUACUGAUGAUGAAGAUGAUGAAUUCAUUGGGCCACCACUUCCGCCUGGGUUCAAGGAUAGCGAUGAUGAUAAUGAAGAUGAUACAGAGGAGGAAGAUAAUAACCCUGUGAAGAAAAUUCCAGAUUCUCAUGAAAUUACACUACAACAUGGGACAAAAACAGUUUCUGCUUUGGGAUUGGAUCCUUCAGGUGCCCGUUUGAUAACUGGUGGAUAUGACUAUGAUGUUAAAUUUUGGGAUUUUGCUGGAAUGGAUGCUUCUCUCCAAGCUUUUCGAUCACUCCAGCCUUGUGAAUGUCAUCAAAUCAAAUCUUUACAGUAUAGCAGCACAGGAGAUGUCAUUCUUGUUGUCUCUGGUAACUCUCAGGCAAAAGUUCUUGACAGAGAUGGCUUCCCAGUAAUGGAAUGCAUAAAAGGAGACCAAUACAUUGUGGAUAUGACAAACACAAAGGGUCACACAGCAAUGCUCAAUUCAGGCUGUUGGCAUCCAAAGAUAAAGGAAGAAUUUUUGACGUGUUCUAAUGAUGGAACUGUGAGGACAUGGGAUAUUAACAAUGAAAAAAAGCACAAAAGUGUAUUUAAACCACGAUCAAUUCAAGGUAAACGGGUGAUUCCUACAAGUUGCACAUACAGCAGAGAUGGUAAACUUAUCGCAGCUGGCUGUCAAGAUGGCUCCAUCCAGAUCUGGGAUGGGAAUAUGACUGUACACACGAAGUUCCACUGCAGGCAGGCUCAUGCUCCAGGCACCGACACUUCAUGCUUGACAUUUUCCUAUGAUGGUAUUGUCCUUGCCAGCCGGGGAGGAGAUGAUACUUUAAAGUUGUGGGAUAUUAGACAAUUAAAAAAGCCUCUUAAUUCAGCAGAAAGACUACCCAGCUUCUUUCCAAUGACAGAUUGUUGUUUCAGCCCAGAUGAUAAAAUACUUGUCACAGGCACCUCUGUUAAGAGAGGUGGUGGCAGUGGGAAGCUUUGCUUCUUUUAUCGGGAGACAUUGCAGAAGUUGUAUGAGAUAGAUGUUACAGAUGCGAGUGUUGUGCGUUGUCUUUGGCAUCCUAAGCUGAACCAGAUCAUGGUUGGUACAGGAAAUGGUUUGGCCAAAGUCUACUAUGAUCCUGUCAAAAGCCAGAGGGGUGCAAAAUUAUGCGUGGUCAAAACAAAACGAAAAGAGAGACAAGCAGAGACUCUUACACAGGAUUACAUUAUAACUCCCCAUGCACUUCCGAUGUUCCGUGAACCACGACAGCGAAGCACCAGGAAGCAGCUGGAGAAGGAUAGGCUGGACCCCGUGAAGUCUCACAAACCUGAACCUCCAGUAGCAGGACCAGGUCGCGGUGGGCGUGUUGGAACUCAUGGCGGUACCUUGUCAUCAUAUAUAGUCAAGAAUAUUGCACUGGAUAAGACAGAUGAUAGCAACCCUCGAGAGGCUAUUUUACGUCACGCAAAGGAAGCAGAGGAGAAUCCAUACUGGGUUGCUCCAGCAUAUGCUAAAACACAACCAAAAACAGUUUUUGCGGAAGUGGAACCAGAAGAUGAUGAAACAGACAAGCCAGAGUGGAAAAAACGUAAAAUUUGAAAGAUUUCAUUUAAAGAAUAAUUCUAGAGCAUUUGAAGCAGUGCAGCAUUUAUUUCUUUGUGUGUAGUGGAUCAAGAUUUAAAAGCAAAAAAUACUUCAGUUCAUAAAGCUUGCUGUAGUGUAGAAAGAGAUUGUUGUAUUACACUGGAUUGUAAUCCCAUAUCUGAAUUUUGUAAUAAGGAAUUAAUUACUUUGUGCAAAGAACUCCUUGUUAUGUCAGUUAUUUAGCUUUGUGAUUUAGGUGAAAAACAUUUCUUCAAAAAUGGAACUCUAGUGAAUUCAGUAUGUUGCCAAAUGUUUUCGUAAUUACUGCCAACUUCACAAAUGCUGUAUCAUGACAGUGUUCAAUGAUUUAAAGUAUACAAACAAAAUAAUACAGUUUCUCAGACUCUUUUUUUUUUGUUUCCAGUUAAAAGCUAACAAAUUACUCCCUUUGUUACAAGUUUAACAAAGUUUACACUUUCAUUUAGAUUCAUUAAUGUGGAGUAAUCCUGUUUAGUUGAUUUUUCUGUUCACACAAGUUCCAAUUUAUUUCACACUCCUGUGUGAAUUUUAAAAAACAUGUUUUCUAGUGUGUAACCCUUAUUCAAAUCAUGUUCCUUUUAAGUAUGCGCCAUUUAUGUAUUUUGGUUUAAUAAAAGUAAUAUGGUUGUGGCCUGGUUGCUGCAGAAUUUUGUUCAGGCUAUUACCAGGUCUUUGUAUCUAUUGACUUUGUUGGAUGCCUGAAUUAUGCAUAUCCUGCCUCACACUCUCUGAAGACUGAUACUGUCCUUUAUAAAGUGGUUUCUUAAAUAUUGAAAGUUUCUGUUGUUUAAAACUUAAUUGCAAUUCUGAAUGUCACAAAAUAAGGGACAGAUUUAAAGCUAACGUCCUUUAGAGGAGAAAGGAACCAAGGGUUUAGGCAUUUAAAUUGUGAUUAUAAUAAUAAACAGUAUGCUAAGUACUGUGAUUAUAAUAUACAAUAUAGCAAGCACUCUCAUUUCCACUAAGAGUAGAGAGUAACAGGCAUCAUAAACAAUCAAGCUUUCUUAAUUAUGAAUAGAAUCUGAAGGCAUAUUUUAAGGCUAUAUUUAACCAAGCCCUUAAUCACCUUUCUGACCUCAAGCGUGUGGUCCUCAUAGUCAGCAGGUCUUAGAUUAUUUUUUUUUAAGCAUUGCUCUGCGUCACUGUUUCACUGUAUGAUUUCCUCUUUGAAGCUUAACUUUUGUUUUCAGUUAUCAGUUUUCUACUUUUGGGAGAAGUAAGCCUGACUUCAGAAGGUGUAAUGAGCAUUGACAUCACAUUCCCAUGACACACUAUUUCCACUGCUUUCACUCAGUGUAGUCUUUUGAUAAGGGUAGAGUCUCGCUAAAUAAUCCACAACUUGUUUUGUCCCAUGUAAAAAUAUUUUCAUACAUACUUACAUAGAAUAGCAAAUCACUGCUUAAUUUAGAAUUACAACUGUAAUAUGUAGAAUGGAGGACUUAAUACAUAGGCGGACAGUACAUGGAAGAGAAAAAGAAGAACCAGAUGUUGUUAACAAGACCUGCUAAAAACCUCCCUAUUCAUUGUCCCUCUCAGCAAAUGAAUAUUAAAUGGCAUUCUUUCAUUUAAGGCUA